UUCAUCAAACAAGAAUUGAUUUAUUUUCUUAGUUUCUCAAUAUCACCAAAUGGCUUCUUUUGGACUUGGUUUAAUCCUUGUAGUAAUGUUCUUUCUAUCUAUAUUCCAAGCAUUUUCAGCUUCCACUUCCAAUUUUGGUGGUGACUAUGCUAAUCUUUAUCCACAGUUCUACCAAUUCACAUGUCCUCAAGCAAAUGAAAUUGUCAUGUCUGUUUUAGAAGAGGCCAUUGCUAAAGAUUCAAGAAUGGCUGCUUCUCUACUAAGACUUUACUUCCAUGACUGCUUUGUCCAGGGAUGUGAUGCAUCCAUAUUAUUGGAUGGGAAUAGUGAAUUCAGAAGUGAAAAGGAUGCUGCACCAAACAAGAAUUCUGCUAGGGGAUUUGAAGUGAUUGAUGAGAUUAAAGAUAAACUGGAACAUGUUUGUCCUCACACUGUCUCUUGUGCUGAUAUUCUAGCCCUUGUUGCUCGUAACGCCGUCCUCCUAAGUGGUGGACCAUUUUGGGAAGUGCCACUAGGAAGAAAGGACUCAAAGAUAGCAGACUUCAACAAAGCAAACGUUGCCAUCCCUGGACCAAAUUCAACAAUCCAAAACCUCAUGAAUCUUUUCAACAAACAAGGCCUUAAGGAAGAAGACCUUGUUUCUCUUUCUGGAGGGCACACCAUAGGGAUGGCAAGAUGUGUGUCAUUUAGGCAAAGGCUAUACAAUCAAAAUGGUGACAAUUUGCCAGAUGCAACUCUAGAGAGAAAUUACUACUAUGGUUUAAAAUCAAUUUGUCCAACAAAGGGUGGAGACAAUAACAUUUCUCCUCUAGAUGUUGCUUCCCCUGUCAAAUUUGAUAACUCAUAUUUCAAGCACUUGUUAAAUGGCAAAGGUCUUUUGAACUCAGAUGAAGUGCUUUUCACUGGGAAUGUACAAAAGACAAUGGAAUUGGUGAAGAGUUUUGCUGAAAAUGAGGGACUUUUCUUCCAACAAUUUGCAAAGUCUAUGGUGAAAAUGGGGAAUAUUAAUACUCUAAAUGAGUUGAAGGGUGAAAUUAGGAAGAAUUGUCGCAUAGUUAACUGAAUAUUUUAGUAUUUACUACUUUGUAUUUAAGAAUAAUUGCAUAAUCAUGUUUGAUUCCUGAGUUUUCUUUUGAAUAAAGCUUUGGUUAGUAUGAAUUAUGAGUUUGUAAGCUACUGUAUGAAAGGGGCAAACAUUGUGUUCCCCUUUUCCACAUGUAAUCUUUUUUACACUAUUGAAUAAAGGUUUGGCUGUUCGAUUAA